CUAUCCUUGUCACUUCUUUGUGACCGUCCAACCGCUUCUCUUUUCUCUCUAUAAAAUCUAAUCAAACCAGCUUCCUCUCUGCAAUCUAUGGUUUAUGCCACAGUCCACAUUAAUGGCGCACAUUAGACUCCCUCCUCCAAAACCCUAGGAUUUAUCCCGGUUUAAAUUCGUGCGUAUACACAUAUACAUAUACGUUUAGAUAUUUUGUUGGAUGGACGGAGGGAAUAAGAAUGGUGGCGAAGGCGGUGAUGCGUCAUCGAACUGUGGUGGGGGGUCUCAAGGGGAGCCUGCGACGCCGACGCCGAUGCCUAUUGGAAGCGCCAAUGCGCCACCGCCUUUUCUGAGUAAGACUUACGACAUGGUAGAUGAUCCGGCGACAGACUCGAUUGUGUCGUGGAGCCAUACCAAUAACAGCUUCGUGGUGUGGAACCCGCCCGAGUUCGGCCGGGACCUCCUUCCCAAGUACUUCAAACACAACAACUUCUCCAGCUUUGUCCGCCAGCUGAACACCUACGGGUUUCGGAAGGUUGACCCAGACCGCUGGGAAUUUGCAAAUGAGGACUUUUUGAGGGGUCAAAAACAUCUGCUUAGGAGAAUAAGUCGGCGAAAACCUGCACAUGGACAUGGCAAUCAACAACAACCGCAAUCACAUGGACAUAAUUCUUCUGUUGGUGCCUGUGUUGAGGUUGGGAAAUUUGGGCUCGAGGAAGAGGUAGAGAGGCUUAAAAGGGAUAAGAAUGUGCUAAUGCAGGAGCUUGUUCGAUUGAGGCAGCAGCAGCAGGCUACCGAUGGCCAGCUGCAAACCAUGGUUCCACGUUUUCAGGGAAUGGAGCAGAGACAACAACAGAUGAUGUCAUUCCUGGCAAAGGCCGUGCAGAGUCCUAGCUUCUUGGCGCGGUUUGUACAGCAGCAAAGUGAAUGUAAUAGGCGUAUAACUGAAGGCAACAAAAAACGAAGGCUCAAGCAGGAUGACCUUGCUGAAAGUGAGCACUCUGCUCCUGAUGGACAAAUUGUAAAGUAUCAACCUUCAAUGAGUGAGGCGGCAAAAGCAAUGCUCGGGCAGCUCAUGAAAUUCGAUUCUUCUUCCAGGCUGGAAUCCUACAACAGCAAUAUGGAUGACUUCAUGAUUGGGGACGGAUCUUCGUUAUCCAAUGGUGUAGACAGUGGGAGCUCUUCAAGUCAUGUUUCAGGGGUGACUCUGCAAGAGGUGCCUCCAACCUCGGGGAAGGACCCUUCAGCUGCCAUAUCUGAAAAACAAUCUAUUCCACAAGCUGUGACUUCUGAGAAGGUUACAACAUCUCAGUUCCCAGAUGUGAGCGUGCUGGUUGGGACACAAGGGGCGCCUUCCUUCAUUCCUGGGGCAGAUGUAAUCAUGCCUGAGCUCUCUCAAAUACCAGAAAUGGUACCAGAGAGUAUGGAUCCUGGGAAAGGUUACAUGGGACCUGGGACUGACAAUUCUGGAUUUUUGGAGCUGUCUUCGCUGGGAGAAAAUGGUUCAAUUCCAAUUGACAUUGAUGACAUUAGUCCUGAUCCGGAUAUUGACGCCUUACUGGACAGUUCUGGCUUCUGGGAUGACCUUUUUCAUAGCCCUGUGCCUGAGGACAUUGAACCAAUCUCAUUUGAUGGUAAAACCAAUGGAAAUGAUGUGCAGCCAAUGGAGAAUGGGUGGGAAAAAUCUCAGCAUGUGGAUCAGCUUACGGAACAAAUGGGGCUGCUCACUUCAGGCACCAGAAAGGUUGAUCUUAUUUCUGACAUGUGUAUUUGGAUCGGCAGAGGCAAACCCUUGAUAUAGAUUGAUAAUCUCUUGAGUGGAUGGUCCUCUUUUGCGGCUACGGAGAAGCAGCUCAUGCCUUAUGUAUCUGUUAACCCCUGCUCUGGUGUCCAAAUUUGAGGUUCUGUUUUCUAAUUUUUAGCUUUUAAUUUCCUACCUUAUAUUGGGUACUCGAAAGGCUACAACUUUGGUUUCUAAUCCUUUUGUUGAGGUUGAUGCCCUGGUCCCUGCUUAUGGGAUGUGCCUUUGUGUGAGAAUGACUAUUCUGAUAUUUUGUUUGUUUUUGUUACCAUCUGGAACCCACCUUAUAACUUUGUUCUAUAUCAAUUGAUAAAACAAUUUUCUAAAUUUCAGAUUAGCGAUUGGAUUGGCUAGGUGGGUGGGUUUUGUUUUUCAGUUGUGCUACAAUCCUGAAAAGAUACACUUGACGGUGCCCGGCUCUGAAUCUUUAUGAGUUAUACCAUAGUGUAUGAACCAUACUUGGGGACAGCUCUGAAGCUGAUGAUAGCAUAUCUGAACCUUGGAAGACAUGGAGGAAUUGUUGCUCUCUGAAAUGCUGCUCACAAAGUUAAACAUUUCCCUUUUUCAGGUCAAGUGAGUAAUAUUGAUGGAGGAAAAGUGCUUAUAGAGGUUUAGAUCUAAAUUUCUGGAGUUUUAACUUUUAAUGAAGGAUGGUUUUUUUAAUUAAUUUAUUUAUUAUGUACAAGAGUAGCCUGUUACCUGCUAGAUUGUGGCAUCAAUGGUUAGAACUAUUACUCAUCUGAUAUAUAAUACUAACUUGUGUAGAAUGUACAUUGUAAGUUUGUGAAUAUUGAAAUAUAUGACCAAAUCUUGAGUUCCACAAU